GUUCGUGUGCGUUUUGUGCCAUUUGUCCCUCUUCUCUUCUCGUACAGACUGAAUGCUAAUCACAUGACCAGGCUGCUGCUGUUGCUGCUGCUGCUGCUGCAGCUGGUGCUGUCGAGCUGUCAGAGAGAGUCCAAACUGUCAACAACACAGUUAUUGUUGGAUACAUUUUGUCCCAGGAUUUUCUCUGGCAUGAUGGAGCUAAUAUGGGGUGGAUUGCGCACCCCAUGACAUGUGGGCCGAAGCAGGAUCCUCCCACCUUGCACAUCUUCUCCGACAACACAUCCCACUGCUGUCAUGGCCUCCGGCUACCCUCCCCCCUUUGAGGGCACAGGUGAAGUGAAGGAGGGCUUUCUUUGCCCAUUGUGCCUGAAAGACCUUCAGUCAUUCUACCAACUCCAAGACCACUAUGAAGAGGAGCACUCUGGGGAUGACCGCCAUGUUAGGGGACAGCUCAAAAGUUUGGUUCAGAAGGCAAAAAAAGCCAAAGACAAGCUGUUAAAGAGGGAUGGAGAUGACAGACCGGAUGCUGGCAGUUAUGAGUCCUUCUACUAUGGUGGAGUGGACCCCUAUAUGUGGGAGCCUCAGGAACUGGGAGCAACUAGAAGUCACUUAGACUUAUUCAAAAAACACCGGGCAGCCAGGAUAGAUCAUUAUGUCAUUGAGGUCAACAAGCUUAUCAUCAGACUGGAAAAGUUGACAUCGUUUGAUAGGAUCAACUCAGAUGCUGCCAAAAUCAGAGCCAUUGAGAAGUCUGUAGUUUCAUGGGUGAAUGACUCAGAUGUCCCGUUCUGUCCUGACUGUGGAAACAAGUUCAACAUCCGGAACAGACGGCAUCACUGUCGUCUCUGUGGGUCCAUCAUGUGUAGGAAGUGCAUGGAAUUUGUCCCCUUACCUUUGGCCCAAAAGCUGAUUAAUGGGACACGAGAAGCCCUGUGUGUACAUGGAAGCCCCAGUCAGUCCCAGUCUCCCCCAACAGGAGGUGGUAGCAGUGGUAUGGGCUCCAGGAGAGGCAGCAUCAGCAGCCUGAGCAGUGUAACCUCCAUGCUUGAGGAGAAGGACGACGAGAAGAUCCGCUGCUGCCACCACUGUAUGGACACACUGUUGAAGAGACAGCAGAAGUUGGAAGAGAAGGACCACAUGCCUGAUAUAGUGAAACUUUAUGAGAGGCUGAGGAUGUGCAUGGAGAAAGUGGAUGAAAAGGCGCCAGAAUAUAUCCGAAUGGCUGAAUCUCUCAAUGCCGGAGAAACCACAUACAAUCUUGACACUGCUGGCGGACUGAGACUGGAAGUACAGAAAUACUAUGAACUAAUCGAUGCUCUAAGUAAGAGGAUUUUAACACUGGGAGUUAAAGAUGAUCCACCACCGCAUCCGAAGGCGCUCCAGCUGCAGAGGAUGGUCCGGUAUACAGCCACACUAUUUGUUCAGGAGAAGCUGUUAGGUCUCAUGUCUUUACCCACUAAGGAGAAAUAUGACGAGCUGAAAGAAAAGAGGAAACAAGAACAAGAGAAGAGACUCCAACAAGAGAGACUGGCAGCCCAGGAGGCCCUGAAGAGAAGGCAGGAGUCUGAGAGAAACCGUCCACCUGUCAGCACCAAUGGAGAGCUGCCACAAGCCCCUAGAGACCCACGCAUGACCAAAGCUGGUGGCUGGUUGCCCUCCGCAGACUCUGUUCAUACACGCAGCGAGCUGGAAGAUCCCCUACUACAGCAGAUUGAGAACAUUCAGUCAUUCCUCCGUCAAGCGCGGCAGGCCCAGAGAACAGACGAGGUAGCAAUGUUGGAGGAGAACUUGCGUCAGCUGCAGGAUGAAUACGACCAGCAGCAGACCAGCCUGGCCAUCGCUCUCUCCCAGAAGCUGGCUGAGGAGGAGAGCUUGCAGCAGGGGGAGUUCCAUCGCUUGGAGGCCAAGGAAAGGGAGGAGAGGGAGCACUGGGGCCCUGCUGUUGUCUCCACCCAGCCUUCCUUCACCUGGGAGAGGUCUCUGGAUAUCAGACCGGUAGGAGGUUUCCAGGAAGAGGAAGACACUGCAGCAGAGGAUCUGACUCCUAAAGCUGAGAGGAGCCCGUCGUCUGUAAGAGCAUUCCCCGCUCCCUCAAGCCAAGAGGAUUCACCACCUAGGUUGAGAAGCUUAGGGGGGCACGUAACACCCCCUGGUGUUGAAGGACAGAACAACACCUCCCUGAACCCUUUCGAUGAGGAGGACUCUACUCCCAUUGAGGAAGAUCCAUCCAAUCCUUUUUUUGAAGACAUCAAGAGGGAACACAAAGAAGUGACCAAUGGGAAGAAAGAAUACAACCCUUUUGAUGAAGACAUUGAAGAGGACAAACAGGCUGAGACUGUACCUGGCAACCCUUUUGAGGAGGAUGACGACAUUGACCCAGGUAACCCUUUCAUGGAGGCCUCUGGGAAUUCUCCAGGAGACUCGACCAACCCCUUUGAGGGGGAAGAUAAUGACGAGGUUUUGCCCGAUUUGGACAUGAUAGAGGAAGAACUGCUGCUGCAGCAGAUUGACAACAUUAGGGCCUACAUUUUUGAUGCCAAGCUCAGCGGCCGUCUCGAUGAGGUGGAGCUCCUGUCAGAGAACCUGAGAGAGCUGCAGCACACCCUACAGGAACAAAAGAAAAAGAAGCACUGACACCUUUUCUCCAAAAGUCCCCUGAUUAUGUGCUACUUACCAAGUCCUGCAAGGCUAGCUCACAUCACACGACUAAUGAGCCCACUGAUUUUAGUCUGGGUGAAGUCUGCUGUACCACAGAAAGAUUAGGUUAGUCCCAAAAUUAAAUGUACUUGACAUCAGUAGUCUGGAAUGACUCAGUUAAUUUCCCAACGUCUUUCAAAACCACGUAUCCUGCAGAGAGUCACAGAGAGCUGGAGCAUAUCCCAGCAUGCACAAUUUUUAAGCAGCAAAAGUAAAAAUCCAUUUGUACAGGUAGUGCGAAGUGCUGAGGAUGUUAUCCUCUUGUAUCAGUGCAAACAUGAAUAAUGUAAGACAGAAGAAUGCCACUUUGAAGAUUUUUUAAUGGGACUCUCAGAUGGUUCUUUGAGUUGAUUCUGGCUGCGGUCUUUUGGACGUCAGAAUGUGUGAUUUGGCUCUCUGUCAGAUGCUAUGAAUGAAGACAUAACGUAAUACCACGGCUAAGGUUGAAUAAAUCCAUGGCUGAACAAACAAGCCAGGGCAGCAAUCGAUUGAUGCACAAAAUCCAUACUUGAGUAGUAAGUCAUUUCAAGAGCUUUUUUUUUUUUUUUGCUGCCAAAUUCAAUUAAGAGGACUCCACCGAGCAUUGCACUGAUACAAAAUUGAUGCACCAGAACCUGAGAUAUCGUCUUGUUUUAUUCCACACAUUCUUCCUACAUUACCCACAAUGUAACUGCCCACAGUUCCGUCAGAGAUUUGGCUGUGUUAUACCAGUAGUGGCUAACAAAAACUCGAGUCGCUAGCCUCAUACAGAGAUGAGGAGCAGGCUUCAUGCAGCUCUCCCUGGAGCCACAAGAGGUUUUAUGCAACUUCUUUUCACAUAUGCAGUAGUACUCCGCAAGACCUGUAAACAUACUUUGAUGUGUAAACCAUCUGAUAAUGUAAUGAGAAACAAAUGGAAACAGACUUUUUAGACCAUUUUUGGGCAGCCUAGUAUUUGAAGGAAAAUUGUUAGAUAUUAAUGUUUAAUCAUAGGCCUAAAGUACUAAUUCAGUCUCACCUUUUGCACCACUCGUCGUUGCAGCACCUAUGACCCUUUUCUCAUAGAUUUGAAAGGGAAAUUAAAGGCCAUUACACAGAAUUAAGCCAUUUUUGUUGCUUGUCAGUCCUGCCAAUACUGGUGUAUCUUUGUGAUCUCAUGAUUGUAGGGAAAAGCUUUUAAUCAUUAAUCACACUGCUAAUAACUACAGCUACAUUUGCAGUAUAAUAUCCAUGACAGUAAAGUUUUUGUUCUAACAGCUGUUAAUUUGAGUUUCAGUGAAAAUAGUUUCUUUCUGUAAAACUGAAUUCAAAUGCACAUGUUAACCUAAUGCUGUUAUGCGACAUUUUCUCUGUCUGCAUGGUUGAGAUGAUCUAGCUGAUUGUUUUUUUUCUUUUUUUGUGCAUCUGGUGCAAGUCAUUGCUGACUUUGCCAUUGUUGCAUAUGAGAUCUUUAUUUUUACUGACUGCAUCAUAAAUGCCACAGCAAGCCAAGUGAACAAAAGUUUUUCCGCGUCCUAAUGUGCGACUUCUGCAGGUUGUGAUGCUGUUGUUCACAGUGGCUCUACUGUUCCAACUGAGCACUUGGGCUGCAUGAUUCGUGUGUGUGUGUGUGUGUGUGUGUGUGUGUGUGUCUUUGAAGUGCUGUUUGAUGCGGAUCUUAUUAUCGAGCUUGCGGCCAAGCUUGUCUUCCUGCUUUUGUUUUUUAUAAAUUUGGACAAACUGAUAAAAUCUCUCAACACUUAACUCUUGUUCCGUGGUGUUGGGUAAGAUCUGUAUGUAAGGCAUGUUAAACGUUAAGUAGUUUCAUCUAAGAAGUUCCAAGUUCAUCCAGCCAGCUCACCCAGCACUCACCAUGUACAUACUGAACACUAUUUGCCAAGGCACAUUGUAGGCAACUUUAAGUCAAAAAAUAAGGCACCAGAAUUCACUGAAAUCCCAGUGUGCACAGAAAUUAAAUGAUCCUUGGGUCAUAGCAGCAUUUUAGACAUAUUUACACUACAUGAAUGCCAGCAAGUAUUAUCACUCACAGUGCUGCUAAAACUAUCGCUACAUGAAUCUCAUUGUGCUUUCCUGUCAGUCAGACUGUCCAUAUUUCUCUUCAUAGACCAAAGUAUUGUCUGUUAUUCUCAGACUGCUUAUCUGUGACGUCCACAGAAGCAAAAGAUGUGACACUAAAUGUUUUGUGACUGAUUUCAUAACUCCAGGAGCUUCUU